UCAAUAGAUAUGAUCACCUUUCUAACAUGCUGAGCAAGAUAUUAGAUGAGCGUCCUGAAAAUGCUGUUGACAUCAUUGAAAAUAUCAGUCAAGAUGUGAAAGUCGCACAUUUUAGUAAAAAAUUAGAUACACUCCAAAAUGAGAAUGAGAUGCUCCCAACUUAUGAAAUCGCAGAGAAGCAAAAGGCUCUUUUUCUCCAGGGACAUUUGGAAGGAACUGAUCAGGAGCUGGAAGAUGAAAUAGCAGAAAACUCUCUUCCAAAUGUGAUGGAGUCAGCUUUUUAUUUUGAACAAGCUGGAGUUGGAUUGGGCACUGAUGAGACUUACCGCAUAUUUCUUGCCUUGAAGCAGCUUACUGAAACCCAUCCAAUCCAAAGAUGCCGUUUCUGGGGCAAGAUCUUGGGUCUGGAAAUGAAUUAUAUUGUAGCGGAAGUAGAAUUUCGUGAGGGGGAAGAUGAAGAGGAAGUGGAAGAAGAAGAUGUAGCUGAGGAGAGGGACAAUGGAGAAAGUGAAACUGAUGAAGAUGAGGAAGAUGAAUUACCAAAGUCCUUUUACAAAACCCCACAGGCAAUACCAAAAGAAGAAAGUAGAACAGGUGCCAAUAAAUAUGCCUAUUUUGUUUGCAACGAACCAGGAAGACCAUGGGUGAAGUUACCAUCAGUUAUACCUGCACAAAUUGUUAUUGCAAGAAAAAUCAGGAAAUUUUUCACUGGGCGAUUAGAUGCUCCUAUCAUAAGCUAUCCACCCUUCCCAGGAAAUGAGAGCAAUUACUUAAGAGCACAAAUUGCCCGAAUUUCAGCAGGGACCCAUGUCAGUCCUCUAGGAUUCUAUCAGUUUGGUGAAGAAGAAGGAGAGGAAGAGGAAGAGGUGGAAGGUGGACGAGUUAGCUUUGAGGAAAACCCUGAUUUUGAAGGCAUCCAAGUGGUUGAUCUAGUGGACUCUCUAUCAAAUUGGGUUCAUCACGUACAGCAUAUUCUUCCUCAGGGUCGUUGUAAUUGGUUCAAUCCCAUACAACAAAAUGAGGAAGAAGCAGAGGAAGAAGGUGAAGAAAAAGGAGAGGAGCCUGACUAUAUAGAACAGGAAGUGGGGCCUCCUCUUUUGACACCAAUCUCUGAAGAUUUAGAGAUUCAGCAUAUACCCCCUUGGACAGCACGGCUAUCAUCCAAUCUCAUUCCACAAUAUGCUAUUGCAGUUCUUCGUUCUAACCUUUGGCCUGGAGCGUAUGCCUUUUCCAAUGGCAAAAAGUUUGAAAAUUUCUACAUAGGCUGGGGUCAUAAGUAUAGUGUGGAUAAUUAUACACCCCCAGUUCCACCACCAGUUCAUCAAGAAUACCCCAGUGGCCCAGAAAUUGCAGAAAUGGAUGACCCUAGUGUGGAGGAGGAGAAGGCAUUCCAGGCUGCACAAGAAGCAGUUGAACUUGCAACUGAGGAGGAAGAAACCGAGGAAGAGGAAGAAGAUGAUGAUGACUAAUAAGAGUAAAGUUAGCCCAGUCUUAUGUGGCACUACUAAACACAAACCCCUUAUGUGGUACUGAUUUUACAUAUAUGUGUAUAUAUAUGAAACUAAUGUGCACAAUAUUAUUCCUUGAAAAUACCAAACUUGACAUUUCACACAUACAACUAUCAAAGUUCAUAGAAAGAUGCCUAAUGGAUUUUUCAGAGGCUAAAGAACAUGUGACACAUCACUGUUCUGAUAGCUA